AUGUACCAAGGAGCGAACAACUACAGUCUGCCUCAAGGUAGCUACGAUCCACGUACAACUCCGCAAAUAACCAUCAACACAGGAGCCAGCUAUGCUGGUGGCUACGGCCCCGGAGACAUGGUCCGGGCUUCGGUCGGCGCGUUGCCCUUGGAUGCCACAUAUGCGGAUUUCGCCGUUGUCGCUGCAACAGCUUCGGUGGGCCGGUAA